UGGAAGUCGAUAUUGUAGCGAAAGCGCAGCUAAUCAUUGAAUUUCAUAUAAACAACCUUGUCUUCAGUUGAGUGUUUGAGAGAGUUUGUCACGAGCGACUAAGAGCUGCUGCUGUAAAUAUGUUCCCUAUUUAACUGUGUUACUGGAUUCAUAUGAAGGAUAAUGCGAGAUGGAAAUGUUACUUUUUACACGGUCUGCCGCACUUCCGCCGUCGGACCUUUAAAGCGUGACAUCCAGCGGAAGUAAACAAAACCAACGCUAGUAGCGUUAGCUACGUCCAUGCAGUGAAUGAGCUGGAUGAAAAUACUGUAGUGAAAGCGCAGCUUAUUAUUGAAUUUCAUACAAAUAACGAUGUCUACAGUUGAGUGUUUGAAAGAGUUUGUCAACGAGCGACUAACAGCUGCUGCUGAAGAAAUAUUCAGAGUUUUUAAACAAACUAUCGUCGAGUACGAGGAAGAGAUCGACCGUCAGCGCAAACUGCUGGACAUCGUUUGGAAACCUGAAAUAAAGCUACACAGGAUAGAGCUCCCACAGCAGCAUGUCUGUAAGGAGGAGGAGGUUCUCACUGAGCAGCAGCUCUUAAACCAGGAGAGGAACUCCAGUCUGGACCAAGAGGACCCAGAGCCUCCACAGAUUAAAGAGGAACAGCAGGAACUGUGCACCAGUCAGGAGGGAGAGCCGCUUGAACUGAAGCUGGAGACUGAUGCCUUUAUGUUGACUCCUGCUGAUGAGGACAGUGUCCACAGUGAACCAGAACUACAAAGUGACCACCAGCUGCUCUCUGACAACUCUCAUGUAGCUGAGAGUCAGGACCAGAGAGGAGGCAAGCAUGGAGACUCAGGAUCAACUAGAGAUGCAGAGCCAGAACCAACGAAGAGACUUGACAGCAGUGAAAGUCACAGUGACAACGAGAACAACUUCAAAUUGUCAGAGAUUCAACAGAGUACUCUAACAGACAUUAACUCUUUCAGAUGUGACACUUGUGGAAAAGAUUUUAAAUACAAGAGCUAUCUUAAGAAACACAUGAGAGGUCAUACAGGUGAGAAGCCAUAUUCAUGUAAAACAUGUGGAAAAAAUUUCCGCGAUGGCAGUGCAUUUAAAGUUCAUAUGAGAUUCCACACAGGGGAGAGACCAUAUACCUGCAAAGUAUGUGAGAGUGGUUUUGUAACCAGUAGUGAGUUGACAAGGCACAUGAGAGUCCACACCGGUGAGAAGCCGUACACAUGCAAAACAUGUGGAAAAAAUUUCCGAGAUUGCGGUGUGUUUAAAAUUCAUAUGAGAUUCCACACAGGUGACCGGCCAUAUACCUGCAAAGUAUGUGCGAAGGGUUUUGUAUCCAGUAGUGAGUUGACAAAGCACAUGAGGGUCCACACAGGUGAGAAGCCGUAUUCGUGUGGAAUGUGUGGAAAAGAUUUCAAAGGAGCCAGUACGUUUAAAAUCCAUAUGCGAUUCCACACCGGUGAGAGGCCGUAUCCUUGCAAAGUGUGUGGGAAAGGCUGUAUAUCCAAUAGUGAGUUUACAAAGCACAUGAGAGGCCACACAGGUGAGAAGCCGUAUACAUGUGAGACGUGUGGAAAAGAUUUCAAAGACGGCAGCACGUUUAAAAUUCAUAUGAGAUUCCACACAGGUGAGAGGCCGUAUCCCUGCAAAGUAUGUGGGAAAGGCUGUAUAUCCAGUAGUGAGUUGACAAAACACAAGAGAGUCCACGCACGUAAGAAGCCACAAAUGUAGCUGGGCAAGCCUCUUGGGAGGACAGUGAAGUAUACCGUUGAGGAUUUGAAUCAUUAGUCAUAUGUACAUGUUUUGACACAUAUGGUCCAAGGCUGUCCGCAUAUUCAUGCAAAACAUGUGGGAGAGUUUGCACAUAUAGCUUUGACAUGAAAGUCCACAUGGGAAUCCACACAGGUGAGAAACUGUACAUGUUUAUGGAGAAACCAGCUAGUGUUCAUCUACUGAAUCAGUGAUUUUUUGCAAUGCAAUGUUAGCAACAGUAUUUCUCUGAAACUGCAAUGUCCCAAUUGGAGGAAACAUGUCAGUCUGACAGUGCGAACUGAGUAGUUUCUGUCAGAGUUAUGAUGUAACAUUGAUGGUUGUACAAAAUGUGGACUUUUGAAGCAUUUCAGAAUCACUUUUCGUGUCAAAGCCUUAAAAUCAAACUGUGAUAGUUCUGUAUGUUGCAUGUUUAAACAGAGUCAGAUUUUGCACUUGAUAGUGGCAUCACUGUUCUAUUUCACUAUGUGAAGUUCUGUUAAAUGUGGCCUUGAUUUGUUUUUGCUGUUUGUACGCACAACCUCAUUUCUGCAUCCGAGUAACAGAAUAAAAGAUCAUUUUUUUUGGAUCA